UUUUCCAGUGUGUGUUUGUAUAUAAAUCUCUCUCUCUCUCUCUCUCUCUCUCUCUCUCUCUCUCUCUCUCUCUCUCUCCCUCCCUCUCUCUCUCUCUCCCUCCCUCCACCUCUGCCGCCUGUCAGCUUGCCUCGACCACGUAGCAGCUUCCUGGCAGCGGCAGCCGCUUGUGUCUACUCUCCCUCCUCUCUGACACACUCACACACUCUCAGUAUCAGUAGCCCAUGUAGAACCACGUAGCACCAGCUUUGGAUUUUAACCACCACCACCACCACCAGCAGCAGCAGCAGCGGCGGCAGCGGCGGCAGCGGCAGCAGCAGCAGCAGCCGGAGCGCCAAUGGAUCUCUUUGAAUUCGACUUUUUCAGAGACUGGGAGCUUGAACAACCAUGUCAUCUGGAGUCGGAGCGCAGCGCCCUGAAGAGGAGAGAGUGGGAGAGGAGGAACCAGGAGGUCCAACAGGAUGAAGACCUGUUCUCAACUGGAUUCAACCUUUUUGGAGAACCUUAUAAAACUAAUAAAGGUGAUGCGUUGGCCAGUCGCGUCCAGAACACGCUGGGCUCCUACGAAGAAAUGAAAGACCUGUUAACCAGCCAUUCUAACCAGAGCCACUUGGUGGGAAUCCCCAAAGGCAGCAACAAUGUGCAGACCCCGACCACUUCAACGAUGGAGAGACCCACCAUGGAGUCCCAGCUUUUCACCGAAGCCCUGAGAGGAGGAACAAGUGGAGGAGGAGGAGGAGGAGGAGGAGGAGGAGGAGGUGGAGGAGGAGGAGCAGCAGAAGGAGGAGUUGGGGACAAAAGGAUGGGAAAUGCAUCUUCCUCAUCUUCAACUUCCAUGCAACCUCCUGCCUCGACCACAUCAUCGUCAAACACCACAACGGUCCCACAUCAGAAUUCGAAAAAGUCACGGAGCUCCAUGGACUGGUCAAGGGCAGGCCACGGACAGAGUACCCAAGGAACAGGCCUCGUUCUGGGGUUAGGACAGAACGGGCAGGGGCAGGUCACAGCAGCUGCGAGUGGAAGAGGGAAAAUGACUUUAUUAGAGGAACAGAGGCAUGAAGAACUGUUUAGCUCGCUUAAAGAUGAACUCGGUCUGAAAGGAGACUCAAGCCCUUCUUCCUCCUCUUCGUCCUCCUCUUCCUCUUCCUCUUCUUCUCGGAGAAGGCACUCUUCCCACCCCUCCAAAACCCUUCCUCUCCCAGAUGGUGGCAAUUUUCGAUCUUCCACCAUCGACAGUGGCCAUUUUAAGUCUUCCACUAACACAGAAAAUGGUGGACAUUUUAAAUCCUCCCCAUUUGAAACUGAGACGGGUUCUCACCUGUCUACAUCGUCCUCCCCGCUGGCUUCCACAUCAGUUCUGACGACGCCUACUCCUGGUCUAACCACUCCCACUUCUGGACUGACUACCCCCACCUUCCCACCUGGUAGCCUAUCAGGGAAGCCGAUCGCAGUGCAGCAGAAGCCCACAGCAUAUGUUCGACCAAUGGAUGGCCAGGACCAGGCGCCUAGUGACUCCCCCCAGCUUAAACCCCCCCUAGUGGCCACAGAGGGAUUUAACAACAGUCAGGCUUUCGGAGCAAACUCCGGGAAUGUGAAGAAUAAACUGCCGAAACUGAGUCUCAGCCACGCAGGCGAGGUCAGCCUACCAAAUGACUCCAGCUGUGUUGAAGAGAUUUUGCGGGAGAUGACCCAUUCCUGGCCUCCUCCUCUCACAGCCAUACACACUCCUGGGAAAGCUGAUCAGACCAAGUUCCCUAUCCCCAACAAGGAGUCACAGCAUGUGACCUCAGGCUACAACACCCAGAAGCGAUGUACUGUAUCAGCUAACAAGCCUGCUGCUAAACCACCAACUGCACCACAGAAGUCAAUGUUGGAGGAUGACCUGAAGAUCAGCAGCGAUGAGGAAGAGGCCGAACAAAAGGUGUCUGACAAGCCCAAAGCCAGAGGCACAGCUCUGAGUGGAGCGUCAGGGAGCAGCAGUGAAUCAGAGAGCAGCUCAGAGUCGGAUACAGACGAAUCAGAGAGCAGCUCCAGUGACAGCGAGUAUAACCAGGCAUCCCGCACAAACACUCCAGAGCCUGAACCCCCCUCCACCAACAAGUGGCAGCUGGACAGCUGGUUGAAUAAGGUCCAAGCUCAAACCAAACCCCUGGUUCCCCCACAGCAAGAACAUCAUGGCAAAGGCUCCAUCACCCAGGGUCCUGAGACUUUCUCUCCAGGGAGUGAAGCACCAGGAGUGGGUACGGCUGCCAAGACCAAAGCCUGCGGAUCCAACAGCACCCCUGCUCCAGCUGCACCAACUGUGGAACAUAAGGAUACAAGGGGAGCCUCAUGCCCGGGCAGAGAGAAGGCCAAGGCAAAGCUCAGCCAGAAGGCCUCGGGGGAGGGCCAGAGGUCAAAGAUGAGGCUAUCACCGGGCCUGUUGUCUGGGCCAGAGGUCACGACCCCGAGGAGGAACACCACUGGGAAGAAACAGCCCAGGCGGACAGAGAGAUCAAACAGCGUGGAGGAUAAUCAGAACCAGACAUGGAGCAGAGCAAACCAGCAUAGCCCUGCAGUUAGGGAGAAGGACCUGUUGCCUCCCCCCUCCCUGGAGCAUCAGAACCCCCCGAGGCCACGAAGCAAACCCCCUAGUGGGAAAACAGCCCCCAGGAAAGAGCCUCGCAGUGCAACCAACUCAAACAACAACACAGUUACUCCGCCAGCACCGCUACAGCAAACCCCUGUGCCAAUACCUGCUGUCAGUGUAAACCAGGACAAGAGGAAACACAGAGGUCCAAACACCAGAAUCACACCCAAGUCCCGAGAAUUCAUCGAAACAGAUUCCUCCUCCUCCUCCUCCGAAUGCCAGUCAGAUUCAGAGGAAGCCAUCAAAAUCCCCACUCUGCCACCUCAGACGACACGCUCUGCGAUUAACACACAGACUCUGUCCAACACACACAUACACACGCCUCUUCUCCCAUGCCUCGCCUCCGUUGGCAGCAUGGGCAGCCUGGGAACGUUUGGAGGUAAAGGACUGCGUGUCAAAGAUGGUAGCAAUGUGACCACUAAUGGUAGCAGCAGUAGUAACGGUAGCAUCAGCAGUGGUAGUAAUGGCAGCAGUAGUAGCUGUAACUCCUUAAGCAUUAGCAACAUAAGUGGUUCGUUUGGCACUUCUGUUCCUGAUCCUGGAGGGUUAGGAGGACAGUGCAAAGACCUAGAGUCCAUGUCAUCGCCUUCCAACAUGGGACACGAGGCACCUUUGUCCCCUUUGAGGCCAUACCAAGAGAUCCAGAGUUUAUGGGUGAAAAUUGACCUGAGUUUGCUCAGCAGGGUGCCCGGCCAGGGUUUGGGGGAAAGGUCCAGAGUGGGAGUCGCGGAGAGGGACGGGAGUGAAGGGAGAGACAAAGAGAGACAGGGGGAGAGGGAGAGGAUAGGGGUGGCGGAGAGAGAAAGACAGAAGCAGGAAGAGAGAGAGUGGCCAGGGCUGAGGGAGAGGCCGAAGUUACCUAAAGGGGAGAAACAGGAGGAGGAAAAUGAGCGAUUAGUGCAGGACAGAGAGAGGCAAGGUGACAGAUUAACAGAGAGGCAGACAGACAGAGAGGACAGAGACAGAUUCGGGCUUGGGGAGAGGGAAAGGACGACAGGGAGGGACAGGGAGAAGGUUUGCCAAGGUCUGGGGGUCCUGGAUAACCCCCCUGUGCAAGAGCAGAGUAAUCCCAGGCUGGCCGGGAGGACGGAGAGAGGAGAGAAUGGAGGUAAACACAGGAGACAGACAGCUGGGAACAUAGUGGUCCCCACAGAGAAACACACCAGCAAGAGCAAGAGGAAACAUAAGUCGGACCACAGUGAGUCAUCAGUCAAUGGCAAUAAGAAGCUGCGAUUGGACAAAGACUGUCAGCUCCUCCCACCCUGCAUCUCUCCGAUACACAACCACAAGAACAGCUCUACUGAUAUCUCUCUAAACAGGAAGCAGUCUCGGCGGCGCGAUGACAAGCUGCUUCCACCCCUCCUGUCCCCCCUCUCUGACGAUCCCCCUCGUAAACGGACCUGCGACAGUAGUUCCUCUCUCAGCCAGGAGGGCGGCGCCGCUGUGAUGCUGCCCUGCUCCACCUCUUCCUCUUCCACUUCCUCCUCCUCACACAGACACAGGAGAGGCGAAGGCAAGGCGUCCUCACAUGCGAGAAAUGGCAGCGAAAUUGAUCCCCACGUCGAGAAGCCCAGCGGAGACGGUUACCAUGCCAACGGACAGUCAGACUCGGAAGUGUGGUCGGAACCAGUGAUGGAGCCCGCCGAACCUCGCAGGCCGAGACUGUCAUUUAGUGACACAGUCCACAGUGCAGACUACUACAUGCAGGAGGCCAAGAGACUGAAGCACAAGGCUGAUGCUUUGAUGGACAAAUUUGGUAAAGCGGUGAACUACGCGGACGGCGCCCUCUCCUUCAUAGAGUGCGGAAAUGCCAUGGAGCGAGAUCCACUAGAGGCCAAAUCACCAUACACCAUGUACUCUGAGACUGUGGAGCUAAUCAGGUAUGCCAUGAGGUUGAAGAACUUCACCAGCCAUUCAGCCACCGUGGCCGAGAAGAAACUAGCUGUGUUGUGUAACCGCUGUCUGUCUCUGCUGUAUCUGAGGAUGUUCCAUCUGAAGAAAGACCACGCUGUCAAGUACUCGCGGUCGCUCAUGGAGUACUUCAAGAAUUCAGCCAAGACUUCUCACCAAGCACCUUCUCCCUGGAGGACCAACGGGAAGGUCAAUGGGACUCCAUCUCCCCUCUCACUCAGCCCCUCCCCAGCCAGCAACGGAGGAGGAGCAGGAGGAGGAUCUGGAGGUGCCCCCGGCUCGUCGGGAAGUGUGGCUAUUCCCCAACGGAUUCACCACAUGGCUGCCAGUCACGUUAACAUCACUAACAACAUCCUGCGGAGCUAUGAACACUGGGAGACGGCUGACAGACUGGCCACUGAUAGCCAAGAGUUCUUCCAGGAGUUGGACUCGGUGAUGGAGCCGUUGAGUCAGCAGAGCAGCAUGACUGAGCUGGUCCGAUACAUCAGACAGGGACUGCACUGGCUCCGCAUAGAGGCUCACCUGCUGUAAGGACUGGACCAGAGCCAAACUUUACAACAACAAAAAGAGAAAAAAGAAAUGGGCCUGGGAGCUAGAACUGGGAUAACAAGUGAGAUGAGACUCAGGACGAUGCUUCAGUUCCCACUGGGAUCCUUCAAAUGACCCGACACCACCCACAGUAAUGUAACAGCAUACACUGGGCGGAUUAAUUGGGCUAAAAAAAAUCAUCCACAAUUAGGCCUGAACAGUAACUAAGUUUGGGGGAUUUCUAACUGUGAACCACACAAUACAAAUUAGCAUAUUAGAAUUUGGCUGAUGCUGCUUUUUGGAGCAACUGUACAUCAGUGAAGGUAGCCUUAAUUCCUGAAGGGACAAUAUAUGUUACAAACCUCUCUGUGUCCCUGAAUAGAAAUAAGAACCGCAGAGGAAAGGUAUUUUUACUAAGACAGGAUCAUUUUCAAAAAGAUAUGUGAGAGGCUGAUGUGAUUAAGGAGGCUGAAGGUAGGAAAGGAGCUCAACAGAGGCUCAUCUGCUCCAGCAGUGGCCAGGAAACGUGUCUGUGAUUGGGACUAGAAUUAAAGCCUCGGGCUGAUAUUGAUCCAAAGUGGAGUACCGGUCCUAUCCAUUAGAUAAGAACCACGCUGGUAAAGGAAAGAGGCUCAGCUAAAAGCACUAGAGCUGAAUUGAUGGAGGCUGAAGUUAUCUUCUAUUUCAGUCGGGAGCUGCUGGCUGUGUUGUGUAUUCUUUAAGUAUUUUAACAACAUACAGUAAUUAGUCACAAAAAGUCUUGUUAAGAAUGACUGCUCAAAAGUCUUUGUGGUUUUUCAUUUCAUUUAAAGUUAUUUUUUAUAGUAUUUAUGACUGGCAUCUCUUGUUAGCUGCCUUUCAUAUAGUAGUUUGCGACAUCAGUGUCGGACUCCGCCGUUCUUGUGCUGGAUUAAAAUGGCGUAAAAAUUCCCAGGAAACAAUGCACAGAAAAAAGUUUCUUAGGACUUUAUUAUUAUUAUUUAUUUGUUCACCACCAGCAGGUGACGCUAAAUCAAUCAGAAGUGAAAUCUUACGUGUUUUAACUUUAAAUCUGAAUUUGCUUCUUAACUCUGGAUUUAUAUCUCACAUAAUUCAAGUUUGUUCGAUGACCCUCGCCUACCUCUACAUAGGGUCAGUUACUGUUUGAAAACUUUUUAUACUGUGCCGAUACGAUUCCUAAGCUUUGGUGCUGAAUACCAAAACAAUAUAUAAAGAUAAUUAUGUUUUUCUACUAACCCCCUUUUAAUUUUUCAUUUCAAAUUUAAAUGUCUAAACACAAGCAGUCAUACAAAGAUUUUGCCUUAAUAAAAUGGCUAAAUUUGGAGUUAAAUUGGGAAUUAUCUAAACAAAGAAUAAACAGGAUAAUGAAUUUGACCAGACAUGAUACCAGCGUUUCAUACUUGACAGUUUUUGAUACUUGUUGCAAUGGACUGAUUUUAGUAUUGAGGUUUGAUACCCAGCCCUACCUCUUAAUGCAUUUUUAAGUAUCAAUAUGAGCAUCAGGAUAGUUAGGUACAUCGAUGGUUUGUUUAAAUAGAAGCUGUAAGAUCUCAGAUGUGGAGCCUCUCAGUACAAUCCAACCAAGAUAACUUGAACAUUGAGAUGUUUCUAGCUAGACUGAGGAUUACAAGACCUGGUGGAGUGGCAGUCCGGGGAGUUUACAGCUCAGCAGAACAAGCGCUCAAUUCACUGGUCCUACAAAUGAGGGCUUUCUUCCAUCAGAAAAAAAAAAAAGAAAAAAGCAUUUGUCUGGUUCUUCUCUCACUGGUUAUGAGCUUUGGUGAAAUUCCACUCAGUUCUAUUUCCCAUAGUAACCCACCCACUAAGGUGUCAAACACUUAAGGGGGAAAAAACUACAGGAUUCAGUAUGAUUUGGCUCUAAUUAAGCACCCCACCCACGAGCAGAUCAAGUAAACAACUCUCACGUCGGCUUUUCUGCCCUGAUGUCAAAGAAAAUCCUUGCAUCAGCAGCGACUUUGUACAGCGCUUAAUGAGAUCAAAUCAUCUGCUGGAUAUCUUGUAGUCGUUUCCCCGCAUUCGUUGUGUUGUGUUGUUGGUGUGUAUAAGUGUACAGCUGAUUGUCAAGUCUAUUUAAAUCAUUACCUGACUGGACAAUGAUGAUGUUUGUGUACCAUAAUGUACAGACUGUGACUCCUGAAAACAGUGUUUUUGUUUUUUUAGUGUCUUGUGAAUGAUUCAAUGUGAAUGAAUGAGGAGGUGGAACAAGAAAAUAGGGUAUCUAUAUAUAUGUGUGAGUGUGUGUGUGUCCAUGCACAGGGUAUGGCUGCAUUUACACAGCACCAAACAUAAUCUGAUUUUUAACCCUUUGUGGCACAUAAAAACAAAAGAAGAGCGUUUUGUUUCCGUGCAGCGUCCUCCUCUCUUUUUCACUUGUGCUAUAAAGACUUAAAAUCUAGAUUUUUUUUUCAUGGUCCCUGUAAAUCCAGCACAUCAAGCAUGAGUUUUUAUGUUUUGGAUCAUUUGACCAUCGCUGAAUGUGUAUGGAAGACAAUGCGGAUGUGGAAAGUAAUUUUCACUUUGACAAAAAAAAAAAGAAACUCAAGUGCCUCUAUUUGUGUCCAGUGGGAAUUGCUCUAUUUAUUUAAGAACAAAGAAUUAAUCUAAAUAAUUUUCCAUACCAUAUUGGUAUAAAUAUGAGAUUGUUUUUCGUAAAAUCAAAUGUUUCCACAAGCUUUUUACUGGCGUUUAUGACGACACCAGGGUUUGGCUUUAAGAAAAAAUGUGUGAUUUAACGUGUCAAAUUUGCAUCAGUUGCUGUUUUUUUUUUUUUUUUUUUUUAUCUUAAUGAUUUGAGCAAGUAUGGGUUUGUCUGAAAUGCCUGAAAAAUUAAAACCAUCGCAUGCAAUAAAUGAUAGCUUCAGACCAAGAACUACUUGUGUCCAUUUUGAAAAACAAAAAACAAAAAAAAAAAAAAAAAACAGUCAAUGUAUUUCUUGUCACAUAGUCAUUUACAGUGAGAAAAAACAGAGCCGCUUCAAAUGCACAACGCUAACAGUCCGAUGGAGGUUCAAGAACAUAUAGUCAAUGAACAGGAAGAGUUCAACUUUUUAUAGGAAAUGUGCUUAAUUUGCCCUCAUAAGAUGAGAAGAUUGAUACCACUCUCAUGUUUGUAUGAUACAUUUGAAACCAGAGCCAGCAGUCGCUUAGCUUAGCUUAGCAUAAAGAUUGGAAACAGCUACAGCUUGGUUUCAUCCAAAGGUAACAAAAUCCACCUACCGGUUUGUUUUAGGGCUGGUUAAUCCGAUUUCUUUUCAUACAAUGUGUAAAAAGUUUCACUGUGACAAUCCAGUUAUUACAACGUGCACUAAAAGGUUAGUUAGGUGUAAGCUGCUAUAUUAGCUGUUGUGAGUCAUGACAGUCCCAUACACCAAUUUCUUUUCCCAGGGUGGUGAAGUCACAACCUGCCCUACUCUACCUCUGACUGGCUGACACUCAUUGCCUUCAUUGGUUUGGUUAGUUAGGUUUUUAGGCAUGAGGAGUGAGAUUGGUUAGGGUUGUCAGGGUAAGCCAAUCAGAGGCAGAGUAGGGCGAGUCACAUCUUCACUGUUAAGUGAUACUGAACUACACCUGACACAGUUUAGAAGAAUGUUUUAACAGCAAAUGGACAUCUCUUGUUACGAGAGGUUCACUACCUGCCGGGUAGCAUCAAGUCUGUAAAUCCCGAUUUAUUUAUUUAUUUAUUGAUUUUAAUUUUUAUCUCAUCGCCCAACCAACCUUCGUUUGUUUCUUGGUCGGGUGUACAGAUUAAAACAACGAGGUAUAACGUGUUAAUUAGUGCGCAUUUGAAUUGAUUGUAAGCAGAUUUUGUGACCUUUUGAAUAAAGCCAAGUUAGCCCCGUUUCCAUUCUUUGUGCUAAACUAAGCUGACUGGGUGAUUCAGAGUGGACAUGAGAGUGGUAACUACCAGCUAGAAUGUGAAUAAGCAUAUUUCCAAAAAAUGUCAAAACUAUUCCUUUAAAAUGGACUCAUGGUUCUUCAUCUGAAAGCCUGAAAAUGUUUAACAGUGAACAUUUUGGAUAACCGUCCCAAACUCCACUCCCUGUGGUUCAACAAAAAUGCCUUUUUUUUUAAAGUCGUUGUUUCUUUUCUUUGUUUUAAUUUGAAUUUUUUGAGGUCAUGAAGCCAAAAUGUCCCAAUGAGCCAAUGAACGUCUACAACAGCCAACAAACAAAACCCACAAACUGUUUCAGUCAGACCUCAGUCAUUACAAGUCAAUAGUUGAUCCACAGUGUUGCUCAGUCCAAUUCAAUGAUGUUCGAUGUUGUUUUGUUUUAUGGUGAAACAGUGAUGUUACUAUAUGGUUAUUGUUACUUUCACACAAUGGUCCUUAUUUUGAUUAUAUGCAGCGGUACAAUAUAUUUAUACAAUAAUAUGCUGUAAAAUGUCAAAAAACUUUGCAUUGGUGACAUCAUGGGAAGCAUCGGUUUCAUCCCGCCAUGCUACAUGUCACAUGAUGGUUAUGGUAAAUGUUGAAUUCACGCAACAGUUCAUUUGACUAUAUGCAACGUCAAACAAUGUCCGUAUAUUCUGAAACGUUUCGGAGACAGACUGCCUCAGCAUGGCCUUUUAUUCUGCUGACAUCUUAUUAAAUAUCUCAUUAGCUCCUGUUACAUUAUCACAGUUGUCAACUUGUUUAUCAAAAGCAGCAGUGACAGAAACAACGUCGCUGCUGUGGUGAUUACAAUGGAGAGCUUAAACAGACUGAUUUAUUUUUUGACAACAGAUGGCUACAAGCUGAUAAUACAUUGAUAAUCUCUCCAGUAGUGAUGAGUGUCUCUAAUAUUUGUUUGCAUUUCAGAAAAUCACAGAUACACUUUGAUUGCUUAUGAAAUUGCCAAAACUGCCUCAUACAGUAAAUGAACUAGCAGUAUUUAUAAAGACAAUAAAGGGUUUUUUCUUCUCAAAUUCCUUGUAAUCUACCAGAAAGCUGCUUUUUUUUCUUGUUUUUUUUCCAUUUGAUUGUCCUCAGUUGUACUGUUGGAGUCAUGCAACAGUGUUAGAAACAAAUAUUUGAAAGAGAGUAGUCUCUAUUUAUCCGAUAAAUAAUCAUUUGUUGAGGUCACUGGAGGGAAAUUAAUACGCUAUCACCACUGCUAAUAACUGCUAACAUGUUGCAUCAUGUUUUCUCUUUUAUGCUUAAUUACUUGAUUACUUAAGUAGUAAUCAUCAUAAGUCCCUUUCAAGUUAUUCCUUAGAGAAAGCUACUAUUAGUGUGGGAAAAUUCUUAUCUUCAGUUGUACCAGAAUACAACACUUUGCCAAAUAAGUUCUGUAACCAAUAUACUGUGUUUAUUUAUUGUGCGGUGGAAUACAAGCAGGGCCGGGGCGAGAGAAAUAUUCAUGGGGUUGCAAGAGGGUGGCAUGGAUAUAUUACUAUUUGCUUGAAAAAAAUUAUAAAAGAAAAGAUAUUUGAACUCAAAAACAUUAUAUUACUGUAGCGCACUAGUAAAACAUUGAAUACAAAUAUCUAAAGCUGGCAUUAGAAAUCAUUUCAUAUUGCAAUAUAUUGUGAUUCUGUAGGCAAGGCAAUAUAUUGUGCAGUGGGGGUCUGCAUUUGUCCCUGUAACAUCCUCAGUUUACAACUCUGCUAUCUAGCAGUUGGAAGUUUAAAUCUAAAAGUGGAUACAGUAUUAGUAUUACUACAGAGAAUCGAUGCAAUAUUUUCUUACACCUCUAGUGCCAAGGCAUGCCACCCCUCUAGAUCCACCCCUGAACACACUGACAGGAAUAGUUGCACUUUCUUCUCUUCACAAGAAAAUCGAUUCACUCUUUGUGCGUAUCUAGUACUGACCUGGAACCAGGAGAUAAUUAUCCUAGCUUAGCAUAAAGACUGGGAGCAGGGAGAAAGCGCUAUUACACUUUGUAUCUUGUUUGUGUAACCCACACACUAAACAAAACUACAAAGAAAUAGUUCCAGCAGCCAACUCUCCCUAAAACCACAAAUUGUUGCUUUUACAUUUCUGUUUCUGUACAGAUUAAACUAACGACAUGCAACGUGUUAAUGAGUGAGUUUAGAGAUGCUGCUGGUUAGUCGUUUCCUCCUGCUUCCAGUCUUUAUGCUAAACUAGGUUAAUUGUUUUAUCUUCUAUCUGUCUAGCUCUAUCUUUGACAUGAAAGUGGUACCAAACUUCACAUCUAACUCUUAGAAAGAAAGUAAAUAAGCGUAUUUAGUGUUGCACAUUUUCUUUAAUAGGCUUUGUAGUUGAUAUAAAGCUCCUGUAUUAGAGUAAUGUAGCAGUAAAUAUAAAAUACUGUCCAUGCAGAAGUCAAACUUUGGAUUAUAUGAUUAAAAACAUAUCAUUAAGUUAAUCAAAGAGCUUAUUUAUCCACUAACAAUAGGACAGCCGGUUCCCAAUCAAUUUGACACUAAACAGGAACAUUUAAAAAAAAGCAGCAGUAUAAUUUUAAUCAGAUAUAUUCCCUCUGAAACUAUGUUAACCUCUGCCAAGGUUGCUUUGAUGGUUUCAGUGUCUCAUGUGCAGUUACUUUGUAAUAUUGCAUCCCUGCUGGGACACAAUGGUGUUACAUAUGGCAGUGGUUCAAAACGGCCCCACGGUGAGAACAACCCAUAAAACAGGAAGUAAAAAAACUGUGUGGACAUUGGUUAUUCUGUUCCCUCCAGUGAAAAACCAUCAGCUGGUCUCAGCUGUAAUGCAGAAUAGACCCAGGUCAGUUAACUUGAAUUUAGUGCAAACUCAUCUUUAAAGGUGCGAAAUGUAGCGGUUUCUUAAACUAGGCACUUCCCGACCGCCAGUGGUUGUUCGGGCCGAAUUUUUCUAAAAACUGAGACACUUUUAAUCAUAAACCUUGUAGAUUCUUGUCAAGUUUUUACAGUACAACUAACCUUUCUUUAGCUUUGUAGACUGUAUUCUUGGUGAUGAUCUACUUUGGUUAUUGCAGCAGGAUCCAAAUUCAUGUGGCAUUUAUUGAUGUUAAAAAUGCUACAAGGCACCUUUAAAGUGUUGGGCAUCCCAAUAUGAUUAAAUUAGCAUAUUUAAAGCCCAGUCAUUGGUGGUUUAGAGACGGGCAGCAACACGGUGCCUCUGAUUCAACCUGACAAAUCUCUGUCUGUGGUUCUGAUGUACAUCACUUGCAACAUUGUAAAGAUUUCUACAAAAUAACAUCCGGAAUCACAUCCGUCCAACAUGGAUUGCAUUGUAUUUUUAAAUGUGUUGCACAACUUCAGCUGUUUUUCUGUUUCUAUCAGUGCUAUUUUUUGGCCUUUUAUAUGGUUCUUUUUAUAAUGAAGUUGUUCUAUGUGAUGAUCAGAAGUUGUGAUGCAGUUCCAUUGUUUUUAAAUAUUUAAUGUCUCUAAAAUAUGGAUUAAAAUCUGUUUAAACCAGU